AUCUUUUGAGUAUCAUUUCAUAGCGGUUCAGAGAUCGAGAGCGUGUGAGUAGCUACUGUUGUGCGGCUGACCACCGGGAGCUGAAAACUUUUGUGGGAAAGGCUAUUUCAAUUUCAUUUCUGAAUUAUUUUGAUCCCAUUAGGCCUACACGCAUUAUCUCUGGUUCCAUUCUUCCAAUCAGUUUCACCAGUAGCCUCUCCUAUAACAUUCACUGCAGCUGUACAUAGACACAGAGUACAUCACACAAUCUACACUACUGGCCCAGCUAGCGCUAUCCCAAGCCAGCCACUGCACAAUCGCUUGAGGAACGGAUUAAGGAGCGUUUUAAAAUGGCCACAGAAGCUGAAAAACUGGGAAUAACAUCCAAGCAGUAUGAUACAUUCUUGAAGUUUAAAGAGCGAGUGUCUGAUGCUAUUCAGCCCUACCAUGAUGACUAUUGGCUGAGGCGGUUCUUGAGAGGCAAAAAGUUUGACAUAAAAAAAGCAGAGAGCCUCUUUAGAAAAGAUAUAGUUUGGAGAGAGGAGAAUAAGGUUGCAACUAUAGCAGAGGACUUUAAGACUCCCGAGGUGUUAGAGAAAUAUCGCAUUGGAGGAAUGAUAGGGUUUGGUAAAGAUGGCCGACCUAUCUUUCUGGAUCCAUUUGGUCUCAUUGAUUUCAAAGGUCUCCUACACGCAGUCACACAAACAGACCUCAUGAAGUUCUACAUCCAGCGUUUCUCAGGUCUUAACGAUCUCAUGAUCGAACAAUCAAAGAAGUUGAACACAAACGUUGAAGGCAUCCAUUUCAUCAUGGACUUUGAGCACCUCGGUAGACAGCAUCUCUCCAGGCCCUCUACCCAGCUACAGAUUUCUAUUGUGAACAUGUGCGAGGCCCACUUUCCUGAGUUGCUCUUUCGUAUCUAUAUCCUUCGGAGCCCUCGCCUCUUUCCUCUCCUCUACUCCCUCAUUAGUCCUUUCUUAGGAGAACACACACGCAACAGGGCAGUCUUCUGCAAAGAUAACUUUAAAGAAGUACUUCUGAAGUAUAUAGAUGCUGAUGUACUCCCUGUGUACUGGGGAGGAACCAAGGAGGAGGAUGGUGAUGGACAAUGCCCCUCUCUUGUGAGACGAGGAGGCAAGGUACCUAAGGAGCUCUAUCUGACCGGACGAACCGUGUCCAUAGAUCCAUCACAGAUGACCAAGAAGGAGAUCUCUAGUCGUGGGUCUUUAGAACUCACCUACAAUGUCACCAAGCCUGAUAGCGUCAUCAAUUAUGAGUUCCGGACCCAGGACAACGACAUUGGUUUCGGGAUCAAAUUCAUCGCCGAGGAUGGAACCAAGACUGUAAUCGCUGAGUCUCAACACUUGAACUGCCAUCGAUGUCCAGAAACAGGCACCAUCGAACUCAAAGAUCCUGGAACAUAUGUAGUCAAGUUUGAUAACAGCUACAGCUGGACGAGGAGUAAGAAGCUCUUUUACUGGAUUGAGCUUCUGGAAACGGAUGAGACGGUAGAGGAACAGGUCAAGAACCAGGUGCCACAAAUAGAGAUAGAAUCAGAGUUCUUACCGGCUGAAGAAGGCUAGCUCUCUCUCUCUCUUAAAGGCCCACUGCACUACUUGUAGCUACUUGCGCCCUCUAUAUAACAAACAAUGCCUAAUCGGUGACCAUUGGUCCCCCAUGAU